AUGGAUGACUACGGUGAGUUGGCCAGUGAGCCAAUUGCCAUCAUUGGCAUGAGCUGCAAAUUUUCCGGUGGUGUCACCGACCCAGAGACGCUGUGGGAUCUCUUAGCUUCCGGAAGGACAGGUUGGAGUGAGAUACCAGAAGAACGGUUCAACCUCAAGGGAGUUUACCACCCUAACAACGAGAGGAUUGCAACGUCACAUGUUAAAGGAGCGCAUUUCAUCCAAGAAGACGUAACAAGUUUUGAUGCUGCGUUCUUCAACUACUCAGGCGAGACAGCGCAAGCCCUUGAUCCGCAGUUUCGACUGCAGCUUGAAUCGACAUUCGAGGCGUUGGAGAAUGCUGGCCUCACGAUGGACCAGGUGGCCGGAUCCCAGACGUCCGUUUUUGCUGGAGUGUUUACGCAUGAUUAUCACGAGGCCCUAGUACGUGACGAGGACCGAUUACCACGGUUCAUGUUGGUGGGCACCUGGAAUCCGAUGUCAUCGAACCGCAUUUCACAUUUCUUCGACUUCCGCGGAGCCAGCAUGACCCUCGAAACGGGCUGCUCAACCACAUUAGUUGCACUUCACCAGGCCGUCCAGAGCCUGCGUAACCGAGAGGCCGACAUGUCCGUCGUUACCGGCGUCAACUUGAUACUGGGACCGGACCAGUUUAAAGCCAUUGGCUCGCUUGGCAUGCUGUCGCCGGACGGCAAAUCGUAUGCGUUCGACAAGCGUGCCAACGGCUACGGGCGUGGUGAAGGAGUCGCCACCAUUUUGAUCAAACGACUUUCAGAUGCGCUGGCCGCUAAUGAUCCCAUCCGCGCCGUCAUCCGUGAGACGGCCCUUAACCAAGAUGGCAAAACAGAGACCAUCACGACGCCCUCGGGAGCCGCCCAGGAGACUCUCAUGCGUGAGUGCUACAGGCGAGCCGGCCUUGACCCGCGUGGAACGCAGUAUUUUGAGGCCCACGGCACCGGAACGCAAGCUGGUGACCCGAUUGAGGCGCGGGCCAUGGCCGGCGUUUUCUGCGGUGUUGGUGAAGACGGUACUGGCGGCCGCGACGAGGCACAUUACCUUCGCAUCGGCUCAGUCAAGACAAACGUGGGCCACACUGAAGCGGCUUCGGGUCUGGCCGCCGUGAUCAAGGGAGUCUUGUGUCUGGAGAGGGGGCUGAUCCCUCCCAGUGUCAACUACGAAACACCCAACCCGAAGCUCAAGCUAGACGAGUGGCGUCUCAAGGUGGUAACGGCAAUGGAACCAUGGCCUGAGAGUCUCAUCGGUGGUCCAAAGCGUUUGUCAGUCAAUAACUUUGGAUAUGGCGGCAGCAAUGCGCAUGUUAUCAUGGAGAGCGCCGAACCAUGGACUUCGACACCGGCUCUACCUCUCUCAGCCAACGGUACUCUGAACGGCAAUGGCUAUACAAAUGGCAAUGCUAGCAGUAAAGUGAUAGUUCUCAGUGCUCGCGACGAGCGUGGCUGCCAGCGUAUGGUGGAGGACCUGAAGGCCUACCUGGAGAAACACAAAUCGCUCGACUUUGAGGCUGCCGAGGAACUGCUAAGCAAUCUCAGCUACACACUGGCCGAGCGCCGAACUCUCUUCCCGUGGGUGGCAGCUCAUCAGGUUCGUCUGGACGCGGACACAGACGGCCACCCCCUGGACGCCGUCAUCGAGGCCUUUGACUCGCCGAGAUUCAAGCCUGGCCGCACACCUACUAGCCAGCCACGUAUUGGCAUGGUCUUUACAGGCCAGGGAGCGCAGUGGAACGCCAUGGGGCGUGAGCUGCUGGAAGAAUACCCAGUGUAUCGACAGUCCAUUGAAGAGGCCGAAGCUCACCUGAAAGAUCUGGGAGCCACAUGGUCUUUGCUGGAGGAGUUACAGCGUGACCCUAAGACAACGAAAGUACACGCGACAUCUAUCAGUAUCCCCGUGUGCGUGGCGGUGCAGAUCGCGCUGGUUCGCCUCCUGAAGUCUUGGGGUAUCAAGCCCGCAGCCGUCACCAGCCACUCAUCCGGUGAGAUCUCGGCAGCCUAUGCAGUUGGCGCGUUGACCCAUCGCCAGGCUAUGGCAACGGCCUACUAUCGUGCCAUUCUGGCGGCCGAGGAAUCGGCUCGCGUGUCUGGGCCGCAGAAAGGAGGCAUGGCAGCUGUAGGUCUCGGCGCGGACGAGGCUCAGGAAUACCUGGACAGAGUAGCCGAUGUAGGCAAAGUUGUGAUCGCCUGCGUCAACAGCCCGCAAAGUGUCACCGUCUCGGGUGACAAUGACGCAGUAGUGGCCGUCGAGGCUCUAUGUAAAGACGAAGGUGUAUUUGCACGCAAGCUUAAAGUCGAGCAGGCAUACCACUCGCAUCAUAUGGACCCAUUGGCAGAUGCUUACCAUGAGCUUUUACGCAAGGAGAUGGCACGGACGGCCACAAAGACGCUGGAAGCAGAGACAGAAGAAUUAGAAGAUGGGGAGCUCAAGAUUAUCUUUUCUUCAGCCGUCACCGGAGGCCGCAUCACCGACGCCAAGGAGAUCGCAGACCCUGACCACUGGGUUGGCAGUCUGGUUCAGCCGGUGCUUUUCGUUGACGCCUUCACAGAUAUGGUGCUUGGUGACACUGAAGAUGCCAGCGGCCGCAAUAUCGAUGUGGUGCUUGAGGUUGGCCCGCAUACGGCGCUUGGAGGGCCUAUCCGCGAGAUCAUGUCGCUCGUCGAGUUUGACGGCAUCGAGCUGCCUUACUGGGGCGCUCUGGUGCGCAACGAGCAUGCUGGCGAUACUAUGCGCACGGCGGCCAUCAAUCUGCUGAAGGAGGGUCUGCCGGUUGUCAUGAGCGAGAUCAACUUCCCAAAGCCAUCAUCAUCCGACCGCUGGCAUCUCUAUGACGACGACUUGCCUCGUGUGCUGACUGACCUGCCCACCUAUCCUUGGAAUCACUCAAUACGCCACUGGCAAGAGGCUCGCGUCAACUAUGCCAUCCGGAAUCGCAGCCAACCGCCACACGAUCUGCUGGGCAUGCCAGUUCCCGGAACCGACCCGGAUACGGCCGUCUGGCGCCGCUCAGUGCGUGUCUCCGAGGUGCCUUGGGUCCGCGAUCAUAUGGUUCAGGGCAGCAUUGUCUGGCCAGGAUCCGGCUACGUCUGUCUGGCCAUCGAGGCUGCCAACCAGUUGGCUAGAGCUGAUGGCCAUGGAGAUAAUAUUUCGGGCUUUCGCUUGCGCGACGUCGACUUCAUGGCAGCCCUUGUGAUCCCGGACGCUGACGGCGUGGAGAUUCGCACCACGGUCCGGCCCGUGCCGGAGCGGGAACUCGGCCUGCGGGGCUGGCGGCGUUUCGAGGUAUCGACGGUGACGCAGGAGAACCAAUGGACGCUGCAUGCCCAGGGCCUGGUUACUGUCGAGCUGACCAAAGAGGGAGACGUGGAAGAAAACUCGGGAGGUCUUCGUCCCCUAUCGGCUUACACACGUUUCAAGGACCCGCGCGAUAUGUUUGCCCAUCUGCGGGCGCGCGGCGUGUAUCACGGUCCCUUGUUCCAGAACACAACCAAGAUCGUCCAAGACGGCCGUGAGCCGCGAUCCAUAACAGAUGUUACAAUUCGGUAUGAGUCGGCGGCAGACACAGAUCCGGUAGCGGCCGCACAAGAGAGCGUAAUUCACCCCAUCACUCUGGACGCCGUGGUGGUGUCAUUCUUCUCAGCUCUGCCGGGCGUGGGAGCGCAGGUCGAGGAUCCCAGACUGCCACGGUCGAUCGAAUCCAUGUGGGUGUCGAGUCGCAUCAGCCGUGAAGAUGGCCACACCUUGCGCUGCGACACAUCGCUUUCACACGACGACCCACAGGGUGGCCGUGCCGAUGUUAUCGUUGUCGAUGGCCAGACUGGCGUGACAGUGCUCGAGAUCCAGGGCCUUGCCUGCUCCUCCCUUGGCCGUGGCAGCGGAGCUAUGGCACGCCAGGGCGCCAAUGGCUCUCAGACCAACGACUGGGAGCAAGAUGUUUGCAGCAAGGUCGAGUGGGCAGCAGAUUUAUCUCUGCAGCAGCCGGCAGCACUAGCCCAGAUCAAGGAGGAACUGGCUGUUGAGGCUGGUGUGUCCACGGCUAUUGUUUCGAGUCUUUCUCGUGCCGUCGUCUAUUAUGCAGAGGAGACCCUCAAGUCAGUCACUGCUGACGACGUUAAUCAGCUGAAAGACCAGCAGCCGCACCUUGUCGAGUACUAUGCCUGGCUCUCGCAACUAGUCACCCAAGCUGACAGCCAGAAAUGGCUGCUAGAUAGUCCGGAAGAGCGCCAAAAGCACUUUGCCGUCGUGGCAUCACAGGGUGUUGACGGUGAGCUCAUCAGCCGUAUUGGCCCCAUCAUCGAGUCCAUCCUCCUGGGUGAGAGUAACCCAUUGGUGGCGAUGGCAAAGGAUGGUCUACUGAACAGAUAUUAUGCCCAUUCUGUGCGUCUGGCACCGUCACUUACACGCCUGUCCACUCUGGUUCGUAAGGUCGCCCACAAAAACCCAGCUGCCCGUGUUCUGCAAAUCGGCGCCGGCACUGGGGCUGCUGCCACUCGGAGUCUUCUUGAAGCCAUUGGCACUCCUAAAACUUCUGUUGUAGGCGGCUGGCAUAUCACCGAGCCCUCAGCAGACGUUUUGGAAGAUACCCAGUCCGAAUUGGCUGACUGGGCUGACUUUUUGGAGUUCAGCGUGCUCGACGUCAACCGGGACCCAUCCAAGCAGAGCUUUACACCCGAAAGCUACGAUAUCGUCGUGUGCUAUCAAUCUUUGAGCUCGGCUGAAAAUGUGGCUGGAACCCUGGCCCAUAUUCGUAGCCUGCUGAAGCCCGGAGGCAAGCUGCUGUUGGCAGAGACGACUCGAGACCAGAACCAGGCCGAUCUAUCCUUCAUCCUUGGCCUACUGCCCACCCCAGCCUCGUCUCUCUCGAUAUCAUGGGACAGCGUGCUUCAGAAAGCUGGGUUUAGCGGUGCUGACCUUGCCAUUGAUGAUACCACAACAACCAUCCUAUCCACACGGCCAACCGUCGAGAACCAGAAGGCGGACCUGAGCCGUGCCAGCAACCCCGGAGGCUUUGCUAUUGUAACUAGCAAUAAGACGCCUGCGCCAGCUGGCCUAGUUGAUCUGCUGUCACAGCAUAUACAAGACUUGACAAAAACCACCGUGACUCACCUCGUGCUGGGAGAGAGCACCCCUGCGGCCUAUGAGUCCAAGGUCUGCGUGUUCGUCGGUGACAUCGACGAGCCCACCCUGCUAACCGACCUCGACGCCGUACGUAUUGAGGGCCUUCGAGCUAUGGUUACAAAGUGCGGUGGCCUUCUCUGGAUCACGACCGGCGGCGCCGUCGAGAGUGAGCGUCCUGAACAGGCACUUGCCCAGGGCUUCUUGCGAGUUCUCCGCAACGAGUACGUCGGUCGACGCUACCUCUAUCUUGACCUAGAUCCCCGCGCUGAAAAUACCACCGAGGAUACCGUGUCUACCAUUGUCCAAGUUCUCCAGGAGGGUUUUGGUCAAGUACAGGACGUCUUGGCCACCGAGACUGGCCCAGCUGAGUUUGAGUAUGCCCAACGUAACGGCGUGCUGCUGGUCCCGCGUGUCUACAAGGACGAAGAGUACAAUGAUAUGGUCACCGGCCCGCUUACACCAAUUUGGGGUGAUAUCGAUGCUGCUGCUGCUGGCGUCCCCCUGGAACCCCUAUUUCAAAAGGACCGGCCAUUGCGGCUGGAGGCCGGUAUCCCGGGACACCUGGAUACCUUGGCGUUCGUGGAUGAUGACGGCGAUGAUGACACGGAUGAGAGUUUUGGCUCUGAGACUGUUGAGAUCACGCCGCGGGCCUUUGGUCUGAGUUCCCGUGAUGUUAUGGCUGCCUCGGGUCAACUGAAAGACCGCUCCAUGGGUCUUGAAUGCGCUGGUAUUAUCUCCCGUGUCGGUGAUGAGGCCCGAACAAAAGGUGGCUUCAAUGUCGGCGACCGUGUCAUGGCCCUCCUGCCCGGAAGCGGCAGCGCUUCUCUCCGCAGCAACAUCACAGUCCCCUGGAAUGGCGGCAUCGUCAAGGUGCCCAGCAGCAUCGCCAGCUUCGAGGAGGCCGCAUCCGUGCCAUUGGCUUUCACAAUCGCGUACGCUGGUCUCGUUGAUGCUGCACGUCUUGCACCGGGACAGUCCGUCCUUAUCCACGCUGCAGCUGGAGCCAUAGGACAGGCCGCUAUUAUGCUAGCCAAGCAUCUCGGUGUAACAGACAUCUACGCCACCGCCGGAACACCUGAGAAGCGCGAGCUCGUCAGUAAGAAGUACGGAAUCUCUGCUCAGCGAAUCUUUAGCAGCCGCGACGUCUCAUUUGGCUCGGCUGUCUUGGCCGCCACAGGCCGGCGUGGUGUUGAUGUCGUGCUCAACACGCUGCCCGGCGUCUUACUGCAAGCCAGCCUCGAUGCCCUCGCGCCUCUCGGUCACCUGGUUGAGAUUGGCAAGCGUGAUAUUGAAGCCAACGGCCUGCUCGCACUGGCAGCUUUCUCACGCGGCAUCUCGCUGACGGCGCUGGAUAUUCCAACUCUCGUGCAACGGCGCCCCGCCGAUGUUCACCGUGUGCUUUCUGAGGUCGCCAAACUCGUCGAGCAACAGGCCGUGACGCCAAUUUAUCCUGUAACAACCUAUCCCCUGCCUGAGAUCCAGGAGGCAUUCAAGUUUGUAGAGACCGGAGCACAAACCGGUAAAGUUGUCCUCUCGGCCGGGCCGGACGAGCAAGCUCCGGUGGUACCACGGCCGAAACACGCCACCGGCCGGCUCCGGCUCCGGCCUGAUGCCUCAUACCUUGUUGUCGGUGGUAUCGGCGGUAUUGGUCGCUCUAUCGCUCAUUGGCUGGUGGCUCACGGUGCCAAGAACCUGAUUCUGCUCUCACGUAGUGCUGGUAAUCUCGAUUUGCCGGAAAACAAGGACACCAAUGGCGCACUAUUCGUUCAGGAACUGCGCGAGUCCGGGUGCCGCGUCAAGCCUGUAAGCUGCGACGUAUCGCUGGCCAGCGAGCUGGUUUGUUUGUUUGUUUGUUUUAUUAUUAACGUCCACUAA